GGGCUGAUAAUCUUAUCGUUUUUGAGUUCGUUAUAGAGAGGAAUGAACAGCAAAAUGCACUUGAAACCUCAAAAAGUAGAAUUUUCGUGGUAGGUCCCCUUUAAGGAAAAUUCACACAUAUUGGGUUUAAAUUAAAGUCAUUAUUGAUCAGGGACUCAGUAACAAGAGCUAUAAUGGGUGUAAUCUGAUUACAGGAACACAUGGAGACCACUAAAACUGUAUCUGCAAUGACAUGAGAACCAGUGAGAGCAAAUAAUCUGGAUUAAAAAAAUGUGUGCAGUAAAUGAAGGAGUCCUGACACUAAACCCUGAGGUACUCCUGCAGUGGUCAUUUUUAUAGAAUUUUAAAGAAAUGUUUGUAUUCAAAUUUCUGUGUAUUUAUGUGAACUAAACAACAUGUUUAGAUCUUAUUUUAUCUAAUGGAGCUUAAAUAUGCAUUUCUUUUAUGAUCAAACUGACUGGUUUCAGCUGUGAGUGAGGGUCUCUUCCCCCUUUGAUCUCCUCAGCUGUGGUAUGUUGACGCCCCAAGCCUUGCACGUCCAUCACCCACACAGAUCAGACUCAGUCUGGCGUGGAGACCCACGGAGGAGGUCACGAUGACGGGCAGCAUCGACGGGCUGGAGAUGUUCAGCAGCCCCGAGAAGGGGCGAGGUCUCCGCGUCAGCAGGGGCUUCAGCGUCGGGGAGCUGCUGUUCAGCUGCCCGGCGUAUUCGUCCGUGCUGUCGGUCAGCGAGAGAGGCAGCUGCUGCGACCUCUGCUUCCGCAGGAAGCAAGGCUUAGCAAGGUGUGGGAAAUGCAAGAAGGCUUUUUACUGCAAUGCAAGCUGCCAGAAGGCAGAUUGGGCCAUGCACAAGCUGGAGUGUUCGGCCAUGGUUGCAUUUGGGGAGAACUGGUGCCCCUCAGAGAGGUCCCGUUUGGUCGCUCGGAUCCUGGCUAAGAAGAAAUUGCAAAAAGAGAGGUGUGAUUCUGAGAAGAUACUCCUCAUUGGGGAGAUGCAGUCACAUCUGGAGGAUGAAGACAACGAGAAGAAAGAGAAGACUGAGGCGGACAUUGCAGGACUUAGUCGUUUUUUCUCCAAGCACUUGGAGGUGCCGUCUCACAGAGACCUGCUCACACUCUUCUCUCAGGUUGCCUGUAAUGGUUUCACGAUAGAAGAUGACGAGCUUUCACACAUGGGAACUGCAGUUUACCCAGACGUGGCUCUGAUAAACCACAGCUGUCUGCCCAGCGUCAUCGUCACCUUCAACGGGACGAAGGCCGAGGUGCGGGCCGUGCAGGACAUGAAACCUGGAGACGAGGUUCUCAUCAGCUACAUCGACCUCCUGUACCCCACAGACGACCGGAAGAGCAGGCUGAGGGAGUCCUACUACUUCACCUGCGAGUGUCCGGAGUGCCAAAAAAAAACGAAGGACACGGUGAAGCUAAAGGUGCGGAAGCAGAGUGACCCCAUCGAGCCACAGGUCAUCAGUAACAUGACGCGCUACGCUAAGAACACCAUCAGAGAGUUCAGAGCGCUGAAAAACAUCAAAACUCCCAGUGAGUUACUGGAAAUGUGCGAGCAGAGCUUGGAGGAAAUGGGAGCGGUGUUUGAGGACUCCAACAUUUACGUCCUCCACAUGAUGUACCAGGCCAUGGGGGUGUGCAUUUACAUGCAAGACGCAGACGGAGCACUCAGAUAUGGGGAGAAACUCGCCAGAUAUUACAGCAAGCUUUACCCUCCGUACUCCUUAAAUGUGUCGUCCCUUUACCUGAAGCUGGGCAGGAUCUACAUGACCAUGGGGAGGCACUCUGAGGGAAUCAAAGCUCUCACAAAGGCAAUAGCUAUAAUGGAAGUGGCUCAUGGGAAGGAUCACCACUAUCUUCAAGACAUACGCAAAGAAUUAACACAAAAAUGAAGAGGAUUGGAUCGCAGAGUUUAAAAUUUGCCAAGCUGCUGUCCCAGGUGGGCUUUUUAUCAUCACAAUUUUUGGAAAAAACUGCAAACGUGGCCACAGAUGUAUAGAAAAUAAGGCUUUUACUGCAGGUAUAACAGCUUCUUACAUGUCUGGGGAGGAAAAAUCUGAAUGCACUGGAAAUGCAUAUACAAAAACAUAUGUACACAAUACGUGAAAUGUGUUUAGGAGCUCGGCCAGAAACAACGAAAAACUGAAGGGGAAAAAUAAAUAU